UGCCCCAAGUAGGCAGAGGCAUGGUUGGAAUUGUGCUCCGAUCUCAAUGCUGCAUCGAACAGACUCAUUGCUUGCACAUCAGCUCCAGUGCUCCAACACAUUCACAUUUCUGAGGGAUAAUUAUUUGUGGUUGUCUAUAGGAGCCACUUGAUGAGGUUAAGGAGGACACAGAGACUUCAGUAAAGCCUCCCAAACCUAGUCCAGAGGCAGAGGAGGUCAAAGGCCCCGGAAUUGGCGAGGAAAGCAGUCACCUCGAGGAAAACCAAGAGGGUGAGAGUCAAACAGAAGAUAAUCCAGUUAUGAACUUCUUUAAAACACUAGUGACUCCUACCAAAAAAAACAAGCAAGGAGCUGCCACCCCUGAUGUUACAAAAGACCAAUCACAGAAAGAGGCCCAACCAACAGCAACAACUACAGCUGCACAAGUAGUGGAUGCUCCAGCAGCAGCCAAAGGAGGAAUGUUAUUCCCACCACCCCCACCUCCAGCCCCUGCACCACCUAAGAUGGAGGUUAAAGCAGAAAUAGCAGCCCAACCUGUGGCAAACGCACCAAAAAAAGAACCAAAGGAUGCUGCCAAAGAACCAGAGGCCACCAAGUUGAAAUCUGACAGCCCGUUCAGUAGACUUUUCAGCAGAAAGGCAUUGCUAGGCCUCAAGUCUAAAAUCAAGGUUAAAUCAACAAGUGGAGCCAGUGCACCUGCCAAGCCUCCUGCAGUGGAGAUAGACGCCUCAAAGACGGCUACUCUGGAGGCCUCUGCCAAACCAGAACCACCACCGGCACCUGCACCGAAAGAGGGGAAGAAACCGGCUGUAGCCAAAGCCUCCUUUUCUUUUUUCAAGCCCAAGGACCUGCUAAACCAAAUGGCUUCAAAAGUCCAGACGGCUUCAACAAGUGGAGUCCGACUCCUCAAGAAACCUUUCAAAGGGGCUUCUGAGCCCAAAAAGGAAGCCCCAGCACCAGCUGCAGACCCAAUAGCUGGCCCAAGUGUGGCCAAGGAAGAACCAAAGGCCCCAGAGAUCCCUGCUGUGGACAGCAAGCCAGCAUCAGGACCCUCUGAGGGUGGGGACAAUUCCCCCGUCCUCCCUAAGAGGCUGGAGAAGAGGAACUCCAUCCACUUGUUCUUCAAAAACCUGGGGAAACGCCAGUCAGAUGCAGGAGUACAAACAGAACCAGAGAAGACCAAAUAAAAAGGAAACAUCCCCCCCAGAAUAAUCUGGAAAUCAACUUUUGAUUUUUUAGAUACAUCAUUUUUGAUCAUCUGAUCGCACUAUUGAAGGGAUGGUGGUAAGAGCAAGUUCGUUGAGGGACAGAGGCUGUAACUGGUCUGGUCUAGUCUUUGUGGAAUAUUUCAGAGAGUUGUUCUUUGUCAAGGAGGUAAAAUAUAUGUUUGGUUGAAAGGCUUGAUAGGUAGAAAGAGGUGUGGUUAGUGACUUGUACUGGGAGAAACAUCCAUUUUCUGUUGCCUGUGCUGUUAAACUUAACCUCUCUCUCUAUAAAUUAUGCAGCAUUUACCCUUGCUUUGACAGAUCAAUGCACCUAAUGAUGUAAUGCGAUAUGUAACGUUUUGCUUCAUUUUUUUCCCACAUGGUGUAAAAAUAGAACUAGUCUGAAAGAACUUGUGAAGUGCAUUCGACGGUUUCAGAUAAGUUCAUGGGAUGGUUUGUAGAAUAGAUGCAUAAAGCUCAGAUUGAGAUAAAGCAGUGCUAAUGGAAUAUAUUGGAGGAGUGGGGGAAAUGUUGAUUAUGUUUUGAUUAAUGAUUAACACGUGCACGUUAGUAUAUCCUUUUUUAACUUGGCAGGAACUGUACAUGGAUGCAACCAUAUAAUUGAUGAUAAAUAUCAAAUAUAUGAUAUAUAAUAUGUAUAAUAUAUAGAUAUACCAUUCAUUAUUAUAAUCAUACACAGGGGGAUAUCACAAUCGUUACGUUUGUUGGGCUGCACAUAUCACCUGGUAGUCUAUAGAGCUAAUACUGCAUAGUCACGAAUCAAAGCUGAUUUACAUUUUCCUAAGGGUUUUUCCUAAAAAUGGUUAGUUAGUUAGUUAGUUUUCAUGUGAUUGAACUGUUUAACAUACUGUAUGUGUGCCUGUAUGAAAACUGUUAUAAUUUCGGGGAUCAUGUCUGUUUAUUUCUGCAUCUAUUUACUAUAUAUAGAAUCUGCAAAUAGAUGAUUUCCUGUGUCAACCCUUCACAAAUAUAUGGUACCAUAACAUUACAUGUGCUAUUAAAGGACUUUUUCUGUAACUGUUUAAAGAGAA